AGGCCGAGGGGAGGGGGUCGCGCAGGGGGCCGGCGGAGCUGCUGUGGCGGCAGCGGCGACUGCGAGAAACGGAGCGAGCCUGGCGGCCGCGGGCAGGCCCAAAGGCAACGGAGGAAGCGGCCAUGUCGCGCUACACGAGGCCCCCCAACACCUCCCUGUUCGUCAGGAACGUCGCAGACGCCACCAGGCCUGAGGACUUGCGCCGUGAGUUUGGUCGCUAUGGCCCUAUAGUAGACGUUUACAUUCCACUUGACUUCUACACCCGCCGCCCAAGAGGAUUUGCUUAUGUUCAAUAUCCUUUGUUUUACUUCAUAUUUGAAGAUGUUCGUGAUGCUGAAGAUGCUCUUUAUAACCUCAAUAGAAAGUGGGUAUGUGGCCGUCAAAUUGAAAUACAGUUUGCACAAGGUGAUCGAAAAACACCAGGCCAAAUGAAAUCAAAAGAACGUCACCCUUGUUCUCCAAGUGAUCAUAGGCGGUCAAGAAGCCCCAGCCAAAGGAGAACUCGAAGUAGAAGCUCUUCAUGGGGAAGAAAUAGGAGACGAUCUGAUAGCCUUAAAGAGUCUCGACACAGGCGAUUUUCUUAUAGCCAAUCUAAAUCUCGCUCCAAAUCACUACCAAGGCGGUCUACCUCAGCAAGGCAGUCAAGAACUCCAAGAAGGAAUUCUGGUUCUAGAGGACGGUCAAGGUCCAAGUCGUUACCAAAAAGAUCCAAGUCAAUAGGAAAAUCACAAUCAAGUUCACCUCAAAAGCAGACUAGCUCAGGAACCAAAUCAAGAUCACAUGGAAGACAUUCUGACUCCAUAGCAAGAUCCCCUUGUAAAUCUCCCAAGGGGUAUACCAAUUCUGAAGCUAAAGCACAAACAGCAAAACACUCUCAUUUUCGAUCACAUUCCAGAUCUCGGAGUUAUCAUCAUAAAAACAGCUGGUGAACAGCAGCAGAAGAGUGCUACAUAGUCUUGAAUAUAAGUCAUUAAACCUCUCAUUAUGCUAAAUAAAAAUUCUUCAAGGCUUAUAGAAAAUGUGAGUUACUUUGGGCAUGUGCAACAAAUAAAGUCUC